ACCGUGGAGAGACCAAAACCACCGGCAUCCCAUCCCGGGGUUUCUCCUGUCCCAAUGUUUUAGCCAGCCCCUAUAUAUUUACUCUCCUUCCUCCUUUCUCAUUAAGCUCGGCGAAACAAACAACUUUCCUUCAUCCAUAUCUGCCUAAAAUUCCAAGUAUUCAGAGAGAGAAGACAUGAGCUGUGCAAGCAAGGCUUCUUUGAUCGUGGCAGCGAGCAUGGGGGCAGUGGAAGCGCUCAAAGACCAAGCAGGUCUGUGCCGUUGGAACUAUGCCAUCAGAUCUCUCAACCACCAGGCCAAGAACAGCGUUGGUUCCUUCUCUCAGGCCAGGAGGAUGUCUUCUUCUUCUUCUUCUAACAUUGAGAGGAGGAAAGGAACGGAGGAUGCUGAUGAGAAGGCCAAGCGAUCGGAGGAGGCGCUGAGAAAAGUCAUGUACUUGAGUUGUUGGGGUCCUAAUUAGGACUUCAGAAGCACGGGAUAUCCAAAAAUAUAACUAAUCUGUGUUUGGGCGUCUCUGCAUCCAAUUAUGUGAGAACUUUGUAAAUAUGAGUCUUGAGAAAUACUACAAUUUUUGGAAACGGCCUUCUGUAUUUUUGUUUCCACCGAAAUUGUACUCUGAGGUUUUUUCCACUUGUGUGGUCAUGUGAUCUUUGAAUUUAUAUAUGAAUUUGAAGUCAAUUACAGGACCAAA